AUGUCGCAACAACACACUUCACAAGUUGUCUCAUCUUCUUCCUUCCCAGAGCAACAACAACAACCCACUCGUUCCGUGGUCGUUUACUGUGCGAGCAGUUCCAAGCUGGACAGGAAAUAUUUUCUUGCGGCAGAGCAAGUUGGAAAGGUUUGUGCUGAGAAUGGUUUUUCAGUACGUUAUGGAGGAGGAAAUUCUGGUUUAAUGGGAACUGUUGCUAGUGAAUGUAUGAAGCAUGGAGGACACGUCGUUGGUGUCAUUCCAAAAUUCAUGAUUGACAAACAAUGGAAUAUGGAAAAGCACUUUAUUUCCGAAUUGAUUGUUACUGAUAGUAUGCACGAAAGAAAGGCCAAAAUGGUAGAGGAUACUGAUGCAUGUAUUGCAUUGCCAGGAGGUGUUGGAACUUUUGAAGAAUUAUUGGAAGUCAUCACAUGGAAGAAGCUUGGUAUUUAUUGCAAACCUAUUGUGAUUGUUAACAUUGAUGGAUAUUACGAUCCUCUUAUUCAAUUGUUCAAGAAUGCAGUCCAAGAACAGUUUAUGAAUCCAAAGCAUUUGGACCUCUUCUCAGUGGUGACCUCCGGUGAUGACGUGAUCCGUGCCAUUACUACUGCUCCCUCAUGGUCUUCGUCUAACAUUGAUUUUGUUGCUGAAUUGCUCUAA